AUGGCAUCUGAGCAAGUCAAGUCGAUUCUCGCGCAGUUUCAAGAGGUGCAAAAUGAGCUCAACAACUUAAUAGAUACGCACCAACAACUACUUUCCCAGUUGUCUGAAAACCAGCAAGUGCUCAAGGAACUUGAAAAGCUUGAACCCGAUGCGCGCGUAUUCAAGCGUCUAGGCCCCGUGCUUCUUCCACAAGAAUUUGCUGAGGCAAAAACCAACGUUGAAAAGCGCAUCGAUUUUAUUCAAACAGAAUCUCAACGAGUUGACAAGCGAAUCGAGCAUCUUAUCUCCAAACGUAAUGAGCUACAGACUGAGAUUGUGAAGUCGAAACAAGCUCCGUAA